GUAGUCCAAAACAGUCAGCAAGGUGUCUUGUCUCUGAGCUAGAAAUAUUGACAGUACUGAGCGAUUAACGUGUAUCGUUACACCUUUAGAGGAAAGCGGUGUAUUCUUAGUUCGACUAGCAGCAUGUGAAGCUGCCCAGCAUCUGUAAGUUUUGCGUAAUGGAGUGCAGCGCUGGAUUCAACAGAACAUGAACCGCAAAACUUACAGAAGCAGCGACAGCUUCCUGCAGUCAGUCGGACUUCAUCCAACCCUCCUCUGGGGUCCAACCCAGCGCCCCCAGCUACAGCACCUCUUCCACCGCCCGCUCCGUCCAAGCACAAGGUGUUAGACAAGGCUGACAAGCUGGAGAAGCAGCCCAAGAGACUGCUCAUGACCCCUUUCCAUCACAGAGCUUCUGUGUGUGAAGACUUUAGCCUGGAGCAGGACCCCGCUUCGGCGGGCACUCAGAAACUGGCCAUUACUGCAGUGGAUCCCCCAAUGGAAGUAUUGCCAGGCCGAAAAUAUCCAAAACAGAUGCAAGCUCCAGGCAAGGCCUCUGAUUGCACCAUACUCUCCCCCCUUCCACCCACUCUCAGCCCACAUCCCCAAAUUCAAGACACUGAGGGGCUCGAGAUAGCAGUAAGUCUGCCAGUGUACCAUGAACUGCCACCCGGGCCCAAGCCGCCUGAACCAAGUGAUACCACGUUAUAUGCCGCCCCCUUAGCUACUGGCAAAGAGGGCACAGGCUGGUGGCGAGACUUUGUGGUCCCCAUGGCAGAAGGUACGGAAUUCAGGCCACCAGAGCUGCACGCAGACAGGGCUGAGGUGAAGGUGCAGGCCGCUACAGAAGGCAUUGCACUAAAGAGUUCACUUGCCUCGAGCAGCACAGCAGCGAGCUGGUGUGGUGGCAGAUGUGGCACGCGCACCUCUCCUGGCAUGGGCCUGCCUUGUACUGGUGGUCAUCAAAGGAGAGGCCGUCGGAUGAAGACAAGGAGGGAAGAUGAACAAAAUACACAAGUCAGACGUGACUUCUCCCAAGGCACGAGUCACCCUGUGGAGAGUCGCUGAUGGACACUUGACCAGCAUCACCUGAAGACCUGCAGAACGUAAGUCAAAAGGGACUUUCAUUCUUUCAGUUGAGCUUGGGGGUCAGCAGGGUGGAUUUUGAUACGUUUUGGUGGCUCCUU